AUGGAUUUGGAAAGACAUCAAGAGAGCAAGGAGAGCAAACCUGAGGUAUGUUGGAACAUACGGUCGUCCUGCGCCGCAUGCCCUAUUGGUUCGAUCUCGCUUAGUCAUCAUUUAACCUUGUCACGUGAAGUCAGGCAGGCCUUUGGCCGCUACGGGAGAGUGCCGCGCAGAGGAGGCCUUCUUGGGCAUCAUCCUAGAAAAUAUUUUGAUUCCGGCGAUUUCGCGGUCUCCGCGGCAGACAGAAUGAAAGAAAAUAGCCCUGUCCAAACCGGAAAAUCUCAUCCACUUCGGGAAACCGUUUCGCAUCCUUUUUCGCGGGUUCCCUCUACUGGCAAUGUUAGUGCAGAUGCCAACGAGGCUGCGCAUAUGGAAAAGAAGCAGUCAAGCUCGAAGAUGGUGCAGAGCCAUCUCCAUAAUGAGAUCGAUGAUAGGGAUCUGAAGGCUGGAAAAUGCGAGAGAUCAACCGAAUUCAACGAGGAUCGAAACUUGUGA